GCCAUCCGGAGGCAUAUCGACCUUUCGAGAAGGAAAUCGCCCAAGGCUUUUGUUUCUGCAUGGGGCUGGAAAGAGCAUAGAUCUCAGGGGGUAAAAGUCUUCCUAGGUACAUCCUCGAAAAGGACCAGAGGAAUUUCGCCAUGCCGACACUGGCGGCCCAGGGGCAGACAGAAAACGAUGCGCGGAUGUCCACUGCCGAGCAACUGGAGUUCUGGGCCCAGCAAUCCGUCGACGACAACGGCAUGCUCGGCGGCUUCGCACACGUAUCUCGUGUUGACAUCCAGUUCUCUCGCAACUUCCUGGCCAAGCUCCGUAGGCUCCAUCCGACCUCGACGCAACAAAAACUAUCAUCAGCCGGCAGCACCGGCCAGCAAACAACAAAAUUCGCUUUCCGGCAUUGCCUCGAGUCCGGGGCGGGAAUCGGGCGGGUGACGCUGAACUUGCUGGCUUUCGUAUGCGAGAGAAUCGACAUCAUCGAGCCGAUAGAGAGAUUUACUGCCACGCUGACAUUGCCGGACUCGCCGCUGGUCAGAUCGGGACAGCUGCGGCGUGUCUAUAACGUGCCUUUGCAGGACUGGACGGCGGAGUCGAUGCCUUCCUACGACGCUGCCAAAGCGGUGUCUGCGGACUCGACGUCGGACGUGGAGGAGUCCACAAUCGAGCAGGAGGGCCGUUACGACCUCAUCUGGAACCAAUGGUGUCUGAACUUCCUCUCGUCCCCGGACUUGGUCCGCUACCUCAGGAGCUUGAUCCCUCUGCUCGCGCCCGACGGCUGGAUCAUCGUGAAGGACAACAUCUCAACGGCCGCGGGCGGGGCAGACAUGUUCUGGGAGGAGGACAGCAGCGUCACCCGCAGCGAUCGGCAUUUCAGGGCGUGCUUCGAACAGGCCGGGCUGACGGUGGUGAGGACGCAGUUGCAGACGGGGUUCCCCAAGAAGCUCCUGCCCCUUAGGAUGUACGCGCUGAGGCCCGUGUCGUGAGAGCACGGAAGGUGAAGGGGGGAGGUCCUCUCGGUGUCGAUACAAGGCUCGUGCGUGUCGUCGCCCUCAGCCAUGACGCCAGGGACUCCUUCUGCACUGGACACCCCCUCCAAUGCUGCAGUACUAAUGGGAGGGCUCCCUGACAAUAUUUGCUGUUCUUGACGUCUGAAAAGUGGGAGAAUUCGGAUUCGGCAGGUUUAAAAAGGUGGACUUAGAAACGCUCCUUUCGAAUAGUUUGUUAGAGCUCUCUGGACGGCGCCAUACGUACGACAAUAGACUUAUAGGCUGACUAGGCCAAUCAUUGCCAUU